AUGGCUCCCUCAUCAGACAACCUAGGAUUCCAAUGUGCUAUCAUCACCGGUGGCGGUGGUGGUAUCGGCAAGGUGAUGGCCCAACACUUCAUUUCUAAAGGCAAAAAGGUCAUCAUCGCCGGACGCACAGAAUCGAAACUCCAAGAAACAGCAAAAGAGAUCGGGGCUGUCGAUUACUACGUGCUCGAUACGGGCAAGGUUGAACAGAUCCCCGACUUUGUUAAACGUGUCACCAAGGAUCACCCUGACCUAGACUGCCUCGUCAACAACGCCGGGGUGCAACGCCCUCUUGAGAUCCUGAAGGACGAUGAUUUCCUCUCGAAGGCGGACCAAGAGAUCGACAUCAAUAUCCGUGGCCCAAUGCAUCUGGCCCUAGGACUGCUACCACACCUACAGACAAAAGAGUCCGGCCUAAUCAUCAACGUUUCGAGUGUCCUCGGCUUCAUACCAUUCUCCAUCAUCAACCCCGUCUACAACGGCACCAAAGCUUGGCUGCAUUUUUGGAGCAUGAAUCUUCGCACACAGCUCAAGAAUGGCGGUUCCAAAGUCAGAGUUGUAGAAAUUGCGCCACCGACAGUAGCAACUGACCUGCACCGAGAGCGAUCGGAUCCAGACGACAACAAGAAGGAGAAUAAUCCGGAUGCCCUCAGCGUGGAUGAGUUUAUGGAGGAAGUUGCUAGUAAAUUGGAGGACGGUGUCGAGACCAUCGGGCCGGGAAUGGCUGGAGAGGUCAUUAACAGAUGGUAUGGUGCGUUUGGUGAGCAAUACGCAAAGGCGGCUGGGGGUAAAUAG